UGAAGGAGCACGGCCGACGGCGCUUCUCUGGGCCACGGCAAUUACAUAGAAUUUUAUUGCCUUGUUUGUUUAUUUUAUUCGGUACAAUCGUAGUCUUUGUGCUGACAGUGUUUUUAUUUUUUAUUUCUAUUUUUAUUUCCGCUGCGUAAUGUUUGGAGGAUGCAUUUGUCUUGAAGUGGACAUUUGACCAAAAUGGACAUCGUCCAGAACUUUAUAGACAAUCUGGAAGGAUAAGCUCUGACACUGUGAGGAACAUUUUUGGACUCAAUUUUCACUCGCUUCUUCAGUAUUUUGCUGUGCGUUUUGUUCAGUUCACCUGAUUGCAGCGCACACGUUUCAACCCAAAUGAUACACUGAGGGGAAAAGCUCAUGUUUUAUACGGAUACAAUGAAGCAAACCGUUGCUCUGGCGGAGAUGCUGGCCUCCAAGGAUGGCACUCUGCAGCGGGAUAGGAAGGAAUUUGAUCUCCGGUCCCGGGAAAGGAUGGAAGGGGAGCUGGAUCGCGUGCGAACAAGGGAAAGACUGGAUGCGACUAUUGCGGGAAUAGGCGAACUGGAAUACUUGAGACAGCGGCAGGAGUUGUUGGUCAGAAGUGUUUUAAAUUAUACGGACAGUGCCACUGCGACGAACGAGGAUAAAGUAUGUCACAUGCCCGAGGAGAAUUAUUUGAAUAGCGAAGAAAAACUUCUGGAGGAAAAUAUCUUAUUGCUGAGGAAACAGCUGAACUGUUUGAGAAGGAGAGAUGCUGGACUCAUCAACCAGCUGCAGGAGCUGGACCGGCAAAUCAGCGAUCUGCGCUUGGACACCAAACCAGCACAUGACCACGCGGAGACAGACAGCCGACCUAGCUCAGGCUUUUACGAGCUGAGCGAUGGAGCAUCAGGAUCCCUCUCCAACUCCUCCAACUCGGUCUUCAGCGAGUGUUUGUCCAGCUGCCACUCCGGCACCUGCUUCUGCAGUCCUCUCGACACAUCACUGUGUGCCUCUGAGGGCCAGCCCAAGUCUGCAGAUGAAGGUGGUUUCACGGAUUGCGAGGACCAAAAUGCUGGAACGGUCCGCCGGUCCCUUUCGGCGCCCUACUCCCCAUCUGUGGACGACGGCCAGGGCGGCAGGUAUCACUGUGACCUCAUCGCGAAGAACGGGAACGACGUCUACCGGUACCCCAGCCCCCUCCACGCCGUGGCUGUGCAGAGCCCCAUGUACUUCCAGUCCCUGGCCAAUCAGCUGAAGGAUGACGCGUCUCUGCCAAAACCCUGCGACGCGUCCUCGUCAUCAUCAUUAGGGGAGGCGGGCCAGAAAUCGGAGCAGCCCCUGGUGCCUCAGAGCACCUCCUGGCCUGCCACGAGCGCCCCUCCCAGCAAAAAGCUGGACAGCUACAUCUUCGGGCUGCUGCAGAGGAGGGCCCAGCCCAUGAGGCCCAACAAGCCUCGGACCAGCAUCAACACGGACCCUUCCAAGAGCAUCCUGCGGCAGGCGAGCCUCUGUGUCCGACAGGCUGCCACCGGCCAGUCGCCCGCGUGGCCCGCAGCAGAGGUCAAGCCCAACUGGCAGGCAACGUUACAGAGUGGCGGGAGUGUUGUCAGUGCAGAUGGCAAUGUAGGGUCGCCUCAGAGACAGUGGUCUACAACAGAGGCCAAGAGUGAGGUCUGUGAGACAGCUGUGCCCUCUGUGAUGUCACAGGCGUCUGUGCCUCAGCCUCAGCCUCAAAACGGAUAUGUACUCACACAGGACAUUAACAGCAACAGCUUGUUGAAGAAGAAAACUUCCAUGUCUGGAAAGGGCCAUCCCUUAACGCCUACCUUGUCGAGGGACAGUGAGGACAAUGGCAGCCCUAAUGCGGUUUUGACACCCAAACAUCAGAGCAAACAUCUGGCUUACUCUCCUGCAAUGGAGGAUAGGAAGUCUCCAGCACAGGCUGUCAAGUCCGUGACCCCAAAGAAAUCCUCCAAAUCGGCCUCCACGGCCCCCACCGUUUCAGCCACUGUGUCUGUGUGUUUGAAAGACGACAGGUCGACACUGGAGAGAGUGAGCCUGGGGUCCUCCUCGCAAAGCCAGGACGAGGGCAACCAUAUGGUCAGCGCUCAGUACAUCCCUGCCCAGAAACAGGCCCUGAAGCUCCGCAAAGGAGGUGGCAAGAGCGUGAAGAUUGUCAAGGUAAAGAGCACCUCGACUGCCACGUCCAAGUCCCGCUCGCAUGCCGAGCAGACGGCAGAUGUAGGAGCUGCGAUAGUGUCAGCAGUCGUGUCGACGGGGCAGCACAGGGAGCGACACCGGAGUGGAUCCAAGAAGCCUCGCCACCCAGAGGACCUGCACUAUGUCCACCCACACAGAUCCUCAAAGAAAGCCUCAUCCUCUUCCUCCAGGGCCAAGAGGAUCCCAGCCUCCAUUCCAGAGGGCCGCGUCCUCGACAAGCAUGUGGUCUCCACGCACAGGUCCGUGUCCUCCCGCCACCACGGGCAUCACCACGGGCAUCACCACGGAAACCAUCACGGGCACCGGGAACCGGUGGCGGUGGUGGCGAAGCCAAAGCACAAGCGCAGUGACUACCGACGCCUGCGCGCCAUCGCAGAGGUGCCCUACGAUGAGGCCUUCCGACGAGCCCACCGCAGGCAGAAGAGGGAGUUGCUGAGCCAGAUGGGCAACCACAUGUACGUGCCCUCGACCAACGGCGCCUACGCCAGCCCGUACGCCUACGUGGGCAGCGACUCGGAGUACUCGGCCGAGUGCGCCUCGCUCUUCCACUCCACCAUCCUGGACACCAGCGAGGACGAGCGCAGCAACUACACCACCAACUGCUUCGGGGACAGCGAGUCAAGCAACAGCGAGGCCGAGUACGUGGACGAGAGCACCACCACCAGCGACUCCGAGGAGAGCGGUAGCGGCGGUGGUGGCGGUGGCGGAGGGGCGAGCAACUGGCCCCAGUUCUCUCACGGCACUUCGGGGGCCGUGCAUCCGCAGGAGAUGACCGCGGCGCAGGCCAAGGCCUUCGUCAAGAUCAAGGCUUCGCACAACCUCAAGAAGAGGAUCCUGAGGUUCCGCUCGGGUUCCUUGAAGCUCAUGACCACCGUUUGAUGGAACGGUGUGAGUCGGAAUACGCCCCCUCCUGAGAUCUCUGGCUCUUCAGAGGACUCCUGAGGUGGGACGGAGAGCGGGCGCGUUGUUCACAUGCGAUCGAUGCAGCCAAUCAAAUUGGCCUCUGUCUUCGUCUUGAACGAAUCAAGUGCCUCGGCGUGUUCAGACGCACUCCUCAGACGUGCCCUUAAGUCCCUUUACGAAACGGGAGUGACAUGGAAUUAUUAUUGCCUUCUUUUUCCAACAGACUCACUCUCCCUGCACUUUGUUGACCAUAUUUCACAAUAGGACAAAAAAAGCAUCUGUGUUGCCCCAUCUUGUUAUGUAGCCAUUUUGUUUUUGUAUUUAUUUUUUAGACUUUGCUGUAGCACAUUGACAUGGCAGACGAGCAAAAGUGUAAAUGCACACAAUGGACGUUUACUUAAAAAAGAGAGAAAAGAAUAUAUUUAAAACUUAAUAUAUUUGCUUUGUCAUACAUGAAUUGGAGCAAAAUGUAUGAUAAGCAGGAACAACUGAAGCAACAUGUUCACGGCAAGGAAAAAUAAAGAAAAAGUGUGAUUAAGGUAGACGAAAGUUGAUUCUGACAUUUUCUCAAGGUGAUACACCUGCUGAUAACCGAGGGCUUUUGCUAUAUGCACAUACAAUAUGCAUGGGCGAUGGCUUUACCCCCCUUUUGUUGUUGAUGAUGUGGAUUAGCUGUACAUUGCAAAUGGUUGUAAAUACGACGUGUAUUGUAUGUAAGUAUGUAUGUAUGUUGAUUCUUGUGUCUUAAUCUUUUUAUGCUUCAUUAAAUAUCUGCUUUAAACCCAUCUCUUUCUACUCGUCUGAUGGUCUGGUUACAUUAAGCGGCCAUUUUCCUUGGUCGAGAUAAACAAUGGAUG